AUGGAGCGUUGGCAAGGCAAAGUUGCUAUGGUAACUGGUGCCAGCAGCGGCAUCGGUGCCGCUUGUGCCAAAGCAUUGGUCUGCGCUGGUUGUGUUGUUGUGGGGCUAGCUCGUCGCCAGGAGCGGAUCGCGCAACUCCAACAAGAAUUGCCAACUCGAGUGCGCUCCAAUUUGCACUCCUACAAAUGUGACAUCACGCGUGAGGAAAGUGUGCGGGAUGCGUUUAAAUGGACCGAACAGAGGCUUGGCGCCGGUGUUGAUAUACUGGUGAAUAAUGCCGGUAUUAUAGCGACUACAGAGCUAAGUAGGGCACAAAAUACGAACGAGAUACGCGCCACCAUCGAUACGAAUCUGUUGGGCACCAUUUUUUGUACACGCGAGGCUUUCAAUUCGAUGCGUGAACGCAAUAUUGAGGGUCAUGUAGUGAUUAUUAAUAGUGUAGCUGGAUUACAGGUACCUAAUUUGGGACCAGAUUUGCCAUCAUUGAAUAUAUAUCCGGCAACGAAGUUCGCUUUACGAGCGAUGAACGAAAUUUAUCGACAAGAAUUUCAGCGACACAAAACACGCGUACGAAUAACGACAAUCAGUCCGGGCAUAGUGGAUACAGAUAUUCUGCCAUCGCCUAUUCGUAGUGUAGUUAAAGAGAUGCUGCCUAGCCUUAAAUCGGAAGAUGUAGCUGAUGCUGUUUUAUGGGCUAUAAGCACCCCAUCCAAUGUGCAGGUUCACAACAUCACCAUAAAACCGAUGGGUGAAAAAUUUUAAUAUGGCUAUGAAGGAUACUGAAAAACAGCUGCUAUCCAAAACCCGCUGAUA